AUGGACCAAUUGGAGAUGAUCAUUGCACAGGAAACAAGUAUUAGAAACUCAAUCAAUAGGUCUAAGUUGAGAAUGCCUCAUCGCACGGGUAGCAAGCCGAUUAGAGAAAUUAUUUACGAACUGGGAGGCAAAGGCGGUAAUCCACCGAACAUGGCGACUAUCUUCUUUGAGACUCGCAAGAAAAAUGACACGCUUGUAGAACCCGAAGCUAGUAAAAAAUAUGCUGAGAUAGAAGAACUGGUACAAUCUGAGCCAUCUCUUACGAAUAUCGAGGUAGUAGAAAGAUGCUUCAGACCUCAAAACAAGAGUCACGUGGUUGGAUUAGGGGGUGGUAUAACCACUAAGGAGUUGAAAUGGGGCAGCUCCUCAAAGGCUGCAAUACUGGCUGAGCUGAAUGCAACUCGAAAAGAAAAAGAAUCACUAGAUGCCAAGCUGAAUGCAACUAAAAAAAGCAAAAGAAUCACUAGAAAUACGAUGGACGACAUAGAUUCUAAGUAUGCACAUAUUAUAAGCUUACUGGGUGAUCAACCUUCAUCAGCACCAUCUUCAAGUCAACAAAGUACAAGCUGA